GACAGCAUGGGGAGGGGAAGAGUGCUGUAAUUUUAGUGAAAAUUGCCGAUAUUUGCCAGCUUAUUGCUGCUUCCCUGAGAUUGCCGUAGUGAGUUGAUUAUAUACCACGAUAUUCUAUGACAUGUAAAACUUAUAAUGUGAGGGUGUGGCGGCUAUGAUUGUUCUUUUGGUGUAAGAAUGCAAAAGGAGAUGAUGGAGGGAAUCAACACUGUUGAUGGAGAUAAAGUGGAGAAAAACAAAACCGUAACAGAGGAAAAGGUUGCUGCACAGGAAAUGAUGACUGAGGAAAAUAUAGUGGAUCUAUCACUAAAGGCAACUCGGAAAAGACGGCCAUCGAAAAAGGCAUUGGAGUCUGCAGAUCUUGAGAAAGAAGUUGCUAAAUCUCGAAUGCCAAAGAAACCAGCUGCUCUUAGCAGUGGUUUGAAGUCAGAUGAUGAGAUGGAAACGGGACAUCUGACACGCCAGCGGUCUAAGUCGCCAAGGUCUACAGGGUCAAGGUCUCCUCGGUUGUCAAGGUCACCGAGGCCUGCAAAGGAGCAAGUAGAUAAACCUGUGAAAAAGAAGAAGGUUCCAAGCGACAAGGAGAAAACUGUCGUCCCAAAGGCAAAGAAGACAACAACAUCAAAACCAAAAGCUAAAAAAAACAAUCUUAGUGAAAGAAACAACGAAAUAAAUAGUGUCGCAUUGAGCCUUGUGGCAACAAACUCUGGUAAAAAAGCCAGUUCAAGUGUUCCAAUGGUACCAAUUAAAAAGAGACAGAAAAAACCCCAAGAAGCUGAAGGUCAUAUCCUACUCAACUCAAAGAAAACUAAGAAGUCAGCCAAAUUACUAAAAGAAGUCAGUGAUGUUACAGAAAGUAGAGAUAACAAAGACCACAUGAGGGAGUCAGAAGCAGAUGCCGUGCUACAAAAAUCCACUGAAAUCACAACAUCUGUUUCUGAUGGAAAUAUUGAGAUUGAAAACAAUUCCAAAGGGUCCGAGUUAAAUAGACUUCAGUUAGAAACACAGGUAUUUGCUUUGAAUGGAACUGGUUUUUAUUUCACUGGUAAUCAUGCCAGCUCUGAAACACUGAUUUCUACGCCUGAAGAGUAUGAUACUCGUGAUCAUGGCUUAAAAAGACCUACAGAUACUUCCAGUGCAAGUGCGACUUCAGCGGUCAAACAUUCAGAAACCUUGAAAGCGCAGAAUAAAGUAGUCAAUGAGGGGGCAUCUGUUGAACAGUCUUUGAACACAUGUGAGAUUGUUCAAAAUGAUGAUGGACCGUCAGGAGUCAAUUUUGAUAAAGUAGAAAUAAGACCAGGGACUGCUGAAGGUAUGUGUAAUACUCAAAGUGACAAACCAAAUCUUCAAGCGAAAGUUCCAAAAAAGAAAGCAAGGCUGAAAAACAAACUAGUUGAGGGAGAACAUGUUAAAGAAAAAAAGAAGAUAGUGAAAAAAGGUGUAGAUGGGAGGAAAGUCAAAGGCGAGAUUUGGGAAGGGCCACGUGCAAAGAAAAAAAGAGCAAAGAACAUUAAUGAGGAUAAAAAUGGGGAUAAUACUACAGAUGGGGCAGUCGUUAAGGAGAAGAAAAAACGAGAGAACAAAACUAAUGCACUGAAAAUGGGAGGCGAGGGUAUAGAAGGGACACUAAUGAAAGAGAAGAAAAAGAGGGUUAAGAAAACUGAUACAGGAAUUAGAGUAGAGGAUGGUACAGAAGUGAUAGAGAAUACUACAGAAGGGGCAGUCGUAAAAGAGAAGAAAAAUCGAGAGAAAAAAACUGAUGCUGUGAAAGUGGAGGGCGCUGGUAUAGAAGGGGCACCCAUGAAAGAGAAGAAAAAAAGGGUUAAGAAAAAGGAUACAGGAAUUAGAGUGGGAGAGCUUACAGAAGGGGUGCCUGUAGUAAAGGAGAAGAAAAAGAGGGCUAGGAAACCAGGUGCAGUUAAAGUCGAUGAGGAGGCAGCAUCUUUGACGACAAAGAAUACAAGGGCUAAGAGUGAAAUUUGCAGUUAUGAAGGAGAGAAAGUUAAUGAAAAUGAAAUAAAAAUCAAGAAAGGUGAUAGUGAGGCUACUGAAAGUGUCCCGAUCAAAGAGAUGGAAAAUCUGGUUAAGGAAUUAGCUGAGGAAGUUGAAGAGAUAUAUGCUUAUAGAACAUCUAUGAAAGAAAAAAGAAACAAAGUUGAGAAGACUAAUGAUGAAAAAGUUGAAGGGGUGGAUAUUCAAGCUGAAGUAAAUAAAGCAAUGGAGAUAGUUGAUCGAUCUGAUGUUAAAUCGAAGGAAGUGGUUGGAGGUGGUGCAACUGAAGGAGUUCCAAGAAAAGAGAAGAAAAAUAGCAAAAAGAAAAAUAAUGAGGGCGAGGGGUCGCUGGUUAUGAAGAAGGAAACUACGAAUGAAAAAGUACACGGGGAUGGCAGUGAAAAGAAAAGAAAAAGAAAAUCGGAGGAUGGCGAUGGGACAAAGCAGCAAGUUAUGUGUGAAAAGUGUGGUUUUAUUGCUGGGUCAAAAGCAGCAUUGAAAAAGCAUGACGUUCGUUGCCAUAAUGAGGACAAUGAAGACUUCGUCAGGAAUAACCCAUAUAAGUGUUCCAUAUGUGAAUACCGUGCAAAAAAACUCUCAGUCAUCAAGCGACAUGUGAAAAAACAUGGGCUUGAGAUGUGUCGUUUUUGUCAGUUUGUUGGCGAGAAUAAGAUAUUGGAGAUGCAUGUUCGAUCUGAGCAUCAGAAGAUGACCAAGUGCAAGAAGUGUCAGCGGCGAAUUCACAACGAAGAAGAGGAUUAUGAUGAACAUGUGGCAAACUGCCAAGGUAAACAUGAAUACAAAUGUGAAAUUUGCAACAAAACGUUUAAGUACAAAUCGGUGCUUAAAGUGCACCAGAUUACCCAUGAUGCAUCGCUACCAAAGCGAUUUAGCUGUGAACAUUGCGACUACCAAUCUCAUUUCAAAGCUAACCUCCAAAAACAUAUUGAGAGUAAGCACUCGGACAGACAGCGCAGUAUACCAUGCCCUAAUUGUGAGAAACUCUUCUUCAGUAAAUCCAAUCUGAAAAAACAUGUAAAAAAUCACACAAACGAAAGACCACACCAGUGUCCACAAUGUUGGCAAUCCUUUAAAAUAGCAGAAGGCUUGAAAGAUCAUUUGAUAACUCAUGCCUCGGCCGAACUCUUUAAAUGCGAAUAUGAGAACUGUGGGCGCACAUUCAAAUAUCGCCGGCUGUUGAAGUCUCAUUUGCUUGAGUUUCAUAACGAGCUACCAAAGAAGCUGAAGUGCUCACAUGAUGGAUGCGAGUUAGUGUUCUUCAAGAGGAGUCACCUACGGAGACACGAAUCAACACAUUCAGGUGAUCGUAACUACCUAUGCACUUGGCCAGAUUGUGGUAAAGCUUUUCGUCAUGCAGACAACCUGAAGGUCCACUAUCGCCAGCACACAAAUGAAAAACCAAUCCAGUGUGCACUUUGUGAGUUUGCUUGUCGACAACGCAAUUCCCUUAGCUGGCAUAUGAAACGACACCAUAAUCCGGUAGAAGCAACAUUUAUGAAGUCUGAGACUGUUGAGGUGAAAAAUGAAACAAGUAUUGAAGGUGAAGUUGCUUUAAAGUUAGCAAGGGAAGAAGAUGAAGUGUCCAACCACAGCACUGACUCCAGCGCUACCAUUGAGAUCGACUUACAAACAGACUUAAGUUCACUAGCUGUCGUGGCACAAGCACCAGAAUGGCGAAAAAUACCCUGUGAAACUGCAAAUUUAGAUGAUAUUGUCGAACCAACUGACGAGAUUAAGAAAAAUAUUAACAGUGAACUGAAAAAACCUCGAAAGAAAAAAUUGGAAAAGGAUACAGACACUGUAAAUGAAACCGAACCAAAAACUGAACGGAAGUUGAGAAAACCAUUUGUCAAGAGAGGAGAGGUUGUCAGUGAGCCUUACCCAAGUGUUGUCAAUGGUGCUAGUGUUAUUGAUCAAAGUGAAGGGAAAGUUUCUAGUCAAAACGUUUCUGAAUUUAUAAGUUCCAGUGAAAAAGUGAUUGUUACAACAAAUGAUGUCGCAGUUUGCGCUGUUUUGAAGCCAAAACGGAAACGUAGGACGAGGGAGCAAAUGGCUGCUGCUAGGGCUGAAAUAGCGGCUGCAAAGGCUGCAGCAGCUGAGGCUGGUGCACUACCAAAGAAACGUAGGCGAAGGCAAAAGGAUGAGAAGACAACAGAGCCUGAACCAACAGCACCACCAUCACCACCAUCACCACCAUCUGAUGGUGUUGAGGUACAGGGAGAUGCACAGAGAGAAGAUUAUGUUGACCUCAGCUACCCAUACAAAGAGAAACGCCCCCCUAAGGGGAAAAGGUUGCUGAACCCAGAUAAUAUUAAGGAGGUCACAAAUAUUGAGAAGGGCAAAGAAAAUGUCUAUGACUUUGAUUCUGAUGAUGAAAAUAGGGUGUCCCAUCAGGGCGAGCAAUUCCCAAACUUUGAAAAUACUCAUGGUAAGAAUAAUGAGAUGCAACAAAUGCAUUGUAUUCCUGUUACAAAUUAUCAUGAUGUUCCAAGACAGGCGGAGAUUAUGUUGAAUUCUGCUACUGGUCAUAUGGUGGUGGAUAUGAUCAAAGAUAAGUCUGUCCUACCCUCAAGAUUGCUCAGCAAUGUUGUAGUGGCACUAAGUCCAUUGGAUUUGGACAAGUUUGAUCAUAGCGAAUUAUUGGAAAUGCGUGAGAAUGUGCGUAUACCUGAAGAUCAGAAUCAUCCCGAUGAUAGUUUGAAAGGUGGGAUUUAUGCUUCAGAUAUGGAACAAGAUGUUAGAGAAAUCAUUGAGAAAGAUACUGGUGGAAGUGGAGCUGCAGCAUCAGAUCUUCCAGAUGAAGCACAGAUUUUUGUUGGCCAAAAUGACGAAUUCCCGGAUCGAUCUGACGGGGAAAUCAUUGACCGACAUCUACUGCAGAAGUAUCUGGAGGACACAAGUAUGGAUGGCUUUGAACGUGAUCUUAUGAAAGAGGAGGAGAAGGUUCGGGCGUCGAGGAACCAGUUUGAUAAUUAUGUCAGCCCAGAGGCACAACCUGUAAAACUUGACAGACACUUCGAUAGUUAUGUAAGCCCUGACCGUAAGCCACUGUCAGGUCAACCAAUGAAAGGAGAAGACCAGUUCGAUAACUAUGUAAGCCUUGACCGUCAGCCCUUGUCUGUACAACCAUUGAAAGCUGAGGGACAGUUUGAAAGCUACAUGAGCCCUGAACGUCGGCCAAUGUCUGUCCAACCAAUGAAACCUGAGGGACAAUAUGAUAAAUAUGUGAGCCCAGAGCAUGUUCAGGUCAUGUCGAAUCAAUCUGUUGUGAACCAUGAUACCAUGUCCUUGCCUAGUGAUGCAUCUCAGCAUGGUGAAGGCCAGUGGAAAGGUGUGGAAUCAAAUAAAAACACUGUCAUAGGCGCCUUGGAUACCCCUUGGACUGGGCCAAAUGAACCACAAAAACAGGUUGAAGCAGAGCCCCAAAUUUUUGACCUGUAUGCUCCUGAAAAAGGUGCAUCUCAUGCUUCGUCAUUAUCUGAAAAGUAUUCAAAUCAUUUGGAUUCUACACGGGACAGUGCCGCUUAUCGGAUACCAGAUUAUGGAAGCAUGUAUGACACAACAACACGAAUGUUAGCAUCUGGACUCUCUAGUUACCCUCCUGUGUGCUCGGACUCGACUCACAGCAUAAGUAGGUCAAGCGCAUCAUUUGAUCCAAAAGAUACUCUUGGAUACUCACAGACUCCGACGCCUUACUUACAAAGCAGUGGUUUGUAUGGUGCAAAUAUGAACCCACCGGGUAACUCUUACAUUGAUCCUAGAGUUGAUCCAUAUACUACUUCACAGUUACCUUCACAUGCCAGCAGCCUUCAGGCACGGGAUAAUCCAUUAAACAGUCUUGCAAUUAGUGCAUCGAAAUACAUUGAAUCAGAAAUUAACAAAACACGUGUGUAUAACCAGCAGGGUUGGACACUUCAGGAGACACAAUCUCUGCGCUUGACGCAUUCUUUGUUUCCUAACCGUACCAAUGACUGGGAAGCAUCAAGCCGGCCAUCUAGCACAUAUUCUUAUCUUAGUGACCGAGAUAUGGCAGGGUAUAACAUGUGUUCCACUACUAGACCUCCAGUAUUAUCAGACCGUUUAUCUGCUGGCUAUAUCUCGGGACAGACUGUGGAGACCUUAGAAAAGCAGGCUUUUGAACGAUACGAUAUGGCUAACUACCUCAAUUCACGCCAUGCUGGAAUACCACAGCCACCUUCUUUUAAUUUUGAUCGUCAGAUGGCUCCAUUAAGUAGCUCUGCAAAGGCCUUUACUGAUUCUUAUCGGGGCGCUUCUAGCAUACCUGACUACCGUGGACUAUCUCACUCGGCUACAGCAGAACUGUACACACCUAAUCUAAACUUGGAUAAAUAUUUUUACACCAGAGACAGCAUGUAUGCACCGCAACGGGGGCCUUUGCCUUCAGAGAACCUGUUUCUAUCACAACCCAGUUCUGCUGCUCAGCCAAGCUUUCCCCCAAGGGACUAUCCCCGUGGAUCUGUCUAUUCUCAACCUGGAGCAUAUCAACUCAUGGAUAAUGGCAAGUACUCGGAUCCAGGCAAAUUUGCGCAGCCUAUCUCAUCAAUGCAGGGUCGAGAAUUCUACCUGCCAAGACCAGGCUCUGCUACUUGCCACAUCCAAGAUUCAUACAGACCGCCAAUGCUGUAUAAUAUGAUGAACAGAUAUUUUGAGUAAGAGUUGUCAGCAGAUCUGAACAGUAGGGUGUGCGCUCUUACUAUCAAGUUUAGUAUCCCAAGAUAAACUUCCUUAAUUUGUUAUCCAAUUUUGCAAAUCCGUUCUCUAUAAAGCCAUUUGGUUUAAACUAAUUUUAAAUCCAAUUGAUUGUUUCUACGUUGGUGCGGUAAGGAGGUUUAAUUAACUCACAAGGAAAUGCUACACAUGGGAGGUUUUGACACAAUGUAAAAAGUCAAGUUUUUGCUUCCUCCUGCAAAGUAUGAUUUUUGACUCGUACAGAGUUUGAUCAUACAUCCUCAGUAAGCAUGAAAAUUGUUUUAAAGGCCAUAUAUCAAGGUUUGAAAACAUGCUUGAUACUCAUGAAAUAUGUUGAGGGUUAAAAAAACAAGAUCCCAGACAUUAAAAAAAUUCUAAUAAUAAAGUCAUUAUUUAGUUAUUCCAAUUUUCAAUUUUAAACUAUUUGAAUUUCCCACCACACACAACUUUAGAUUAGUUCCACAUGUGGCCGCUAGGGAUUUUUUGAUGACGUAGAUCAGGCCAGUCAGAACAAAGCAAGAUGGCUUCUGCAUACAGUUCAGAGAGUGAGAGCAGUGAAUUUGAGGAUGUGUUGGUCGAUACAGAAGGAUAUUUAAACGUUGAGCCGUACAUGUUCGAGCUUAUAAUAUCACUAGAUCAUAAUGAGAGUGAUCAUUCGGACGAAAGUGAUUAGAAUUUGUGGUUAAUCAAUUUGCAUGGCAGACCUGCCGAUAUAGCAAAGAUGACAUUGAUAGAUGGUUGCAGAUGCAUAACAUGUAUGAUUUUUGAACAGACUAAUGUUGCACAAUAUUGUUUCGCCUCGUCUGUGUUGUAUCGCCAGUUAUGUCAUGACGCUGAACUACUAUUGAAAAGUGACGGUAUUAUGCACAAUCAUCUUGACGUGACGAUAUAAUGCCGUGCAACGUAAGAUAGGCCUAGAUGUCAGAUGACAAUAAUCUGUCAUUGACAGUGGCUGUCACUGACACUGACCUGUGUUGCUGUCACCUUGCUAUGGCUGGAACACAAGAAGACACUAUGCGGUAUCACAGGCCCCAAUAGGGCCUACACAUUAUGUAUAACAACCAACCUCAGCAGCCUCGGGCAUUAAAUGCAAUUGACAUGGUUGGAACAGCUGUUUUUAACAAGUGGCAUUUAAUAUUCAGUUGGAUGCAGAUAUCCGGCUUCAUGUGAUAAUCCGUAUCGAUAAAGUGAUCACUGCAAAGUUUGGCCGAAGGCCCAGGCUUCCAACACUCCAAACGUUUGCACUUCCGAAUCCACAGCUUCCUCCUCUCUCGUUCAACUGGCUUUGGAAAUUCAUGAAAAUGGGUCCCAUCCGUCAUUCGAUUGUUCUUUGUGCUAGCCUUGACACAAUUCGGAGCCACACAAUACACCACAGUGAAUGAAACACAUUACUUCCAGGUGUGCAUAAUUAAUUGAGGCCCUCCUGCUUUUAUGAUUGCAUGACAUGUACAGAUAACCUGAUCUACAUCACAACUUUUGCUGAACCCGCCGCCUGGCUCUAACAAGCCAGUUGCUAGCCUGAUCAGGUAAUCAAGUUGUCAAACACAUAAUUGGCUAUAUCUUCAAAAUGGAUGGAGCUAAUUGCAUUUGGUUUUCUGUAUUGUAUAAAGUGUAAGGUACACUUUUGAAAUCGUCUUACAGCAGAAAAUGGCAAAAAACCUAGAUAUAUGGCCUUUAAAGUUGCUGAGUGUAAUUGACCUAUCGGAGUCUCCCUCUUAGAGAAAACUUAAGGCAGCUCUAUGUGUACUCUAAAUCUUAUGAAAUGUACAAAGCACACUUUCAGCUGGUGAAAAUAUGAAGGGUUUUCAUGAAUCAUAAAUAGGGGAGCUUAUUUUAUCAAGAAAGUAUUGGUCAUGUGUAUUUGUGUGAUUCAUGUGCUGUUUGGUGUUGUGUAAUGUUCAAGUUUUAUAGCCAGAAUAGUAAUUACGAUAACUUUUAUGAUAAAUUAGUUGAUUAUAUAUUGUUAGGGGUCAUCUUCAAAUUAUUCACAGAAAUUCGCUUAACAAAUACCAAGGAAAACAUUUUUUUGAUGCUUUUUGGCUCACCCUAGGGGGAGUAUAUACAACACUGUAGUGUCCGUCGUCCGUCGUCGUCAUUGUCUGUAUCCUGUUUCAAAAACAGUGGCACGUUUCUUAACGGCUAGAGCUAUGAACUUGAAACAUUCUCAGAGGACCCCUCAGGUCAGGUGAUCUCUGACAAUGAAUUUCGGUCUGAUCUGAUAUUUGACUUGGCCACCAGGGUGCCAGAGCAGAAGUGGAAACCUGGUAAGUGUGAUAUCUCUCAUAUGAGUGACUCGUUUUGAUGGUAGGUUCUCCUAGCAAAGAUAAGGCACAUAUCAUACGGGUUUUAGAUUCAACCCAAUUUUCAAGUCACAGAGGUAAAAUGGCGUUAAUUGGCCAUUUGAAUGUAACUUUUAAAGAGCAAUAUCUCGCUUAUUGCCUCACCGGUCCAUAUGACAGCGCAGUGUCCGUCGUCCGUCAUAUCCUAUUUCAAAAACAGUGGCACGUUUUUCUUAACCGCUAAGGCUAUGGACUCGAAACUUUGUAUGCAUGACCCCCUAGGUCAGAUUACCUUUGACACUGAAUUUCGGUCCGGUCUGAUUCUUGACUUGGCCACCAGGGGGCCAAAACUGAAAACAUAAAUAGUGUGAUAUAUCACUUAUUAGUGAUAUGUUUUUGAUGUAAUUUCUAUGGUAGGUACUCCUCCUAGCUAGGAUAUAUCACAUAUCGUACGUGUUUUUGAUUUGACCUACUUUUCAUGGUCAAAGAGGUCAAAUGGCGUAAAUUUUCCGUUUGAGUGCAACUGUGGCACGUUUCUUAACUGGAAAGGCUAUGAGCUUGGAUGUUUUUAUGCAUGACCCCCUAGGUCAGAUUACCUCUGGAAGCCAAUUUUGGUCUGAUCUGAUUCUUGACUUGGCCACCAGGGGCAAAACUGAAAACACAAAAAGUGUGAUCUCUCUUAUUAGUGAUUUGUUUUUGAUGAAAUUUUUUAUGGUAGGUACUCCCAGCCAGGAUACAUCACGUAUCACAGAGGUUUUCGAUUUGACCUAUUUUUAAAGGUCAUAGAGGUCAAAUUGGCAGUUUGAGCGUAACUGUGGCAUGUUUCGUAACUGCUAGGGCUAUGGGCUUGAACCUUUGUACACAAGGCCCCCUAGGUCGGGUUACCCCUGACACGGAAUUUUGGUCUGAUCUGUUUCUCGACUUGGACCCCAGGGGGCAAAAAGCGAAAACCUAGAAAGUGUGAUAUGUUGCUCAUAAGUGAUUCAUAUUCGAUUAAGUUGUUAUGGUUGGAACUCCCAGCAAGGAUACAUUACAUAUUAUACAGGUUUUUCAUUUGACCUAAUUUUCAAGGUCAAAGAGGUCAAAUGCCAUGAAUUUGCUGUUUGGCGGCCUAACUAUGGCAUGUUUCUUAAAUGCAAUGACAUAUGAGGUGCUCUAUGAUUAGGAUACUAGUAGUACCUCAGAGUCUUCCUCGGUCAUAACUCUAGAAACAUUCAUUGUCAGUUAAGUCGUUACCUAAAUACCGGUGAGCACAAUGGCCCCUGGCCUUUUCCUUAGUGACUUGUUUUCAAUAUUUUUAUGAUAGGUGCUCCAAGCGAGGAUACAUCACAUAUCUUACGGGUUUCUAAUUUGACCUAAUUUUCAAGGUCACAGAGGUAAAAUGUAGUGUAACUAUGGCAAGUUUCUAAACCGCUAAAGCUAUGAACUCGAAAUUUAAUACACAUGACUCCCUAUGUCGUGUAACCUUUGACACUGAAUUUCGUUCUGAUCUGAUUCUCAACUUGGCCGCUAGGAGGCCAAAACUAUAAAAAGAUAAAAAGGGCAAUAUCUCGCUUAUUAUGACUUGUUUUCGAUGAUAUUUUUAUGGUAGAUACUCCAAGCAAGUAUACAUUACAUAUCAUACCGACUUUGGUUUGACCUAUAUACUAUACAUGUAGCAUGUUUCUUAACCAGGAUGAAUUCCUAACCACCAAAUAUCUAUACGUUGAGCACAAUGGUCCCUGGCUUUUCAUUACUGUCUGAUAUUGUUGCCACCUAUGAAAGCAGCAGACAGCUAAGUCUCUUUUCAAGACAUUUCAGCGGCAAGUCUGAAGAUCAAAGCCAGGAUUGGAGAAAGUUUUGACAUGAUUUAUAGCGGCGGGUCUUUUGAUGUAUCGAAAUUGGAUCCUGCUGACUCCAUUAAAAAACCCGGCCGAUUCUGAAUAUAAUAGUAUGCAGGUGGUUGACCCCAAUUCUAGGUCAAAACAAAAGAUAGCGUGGUGAGAAGUGUAUAUUCUAGAUUAAACUUGAUGCUUUGAUGCAUGUGAUUUUUGCGGAGACCGCCAUUGUUGCCAUUGUUGCGCACUCGGCAUCGCGUCAUUGUUUGUGACACGGCCCGUUUACAACAAUGUACAGUGUAAUAUUUUUCGUUACCAGCAAACGAUUUUUGUUUUCGAUCGUUGAAAAUUCGCUAAAUCUAUCAAAAUGAUUUUGGUUGUUCACCUCGAGACGAUAUUUGUUUCAGCUUGAUAAUUGCAACAAAAUCCUUGCAUUUGUUUGCAGCAAUGAAUUCCAAAAUGAUUUGAGAAUUUCUGUGAAUAAUUUGGAGAUGACCCCUUAUCGAAAGGGGGAGUAGCAUGAAUAAUAAAUUGUGGCUCAAUUCUUCGAACAGAUCGAGAAGUUUUUAACACUGCUGUUGUCAGCAGUGCUGGUAUGAUAACUACUCAGAAUGGUGUCAGUCUGUCCAUCGUCAACAUGGGUGUCAACAUAGGACCUAGAGAUUUCACCUUGAUGUCUAAUUUAGAGUCAUAUUUUUCUCAAAUCAGAAACCAAAAAUCUGUGCAAUUUGACCUACAUGCAGCAUGCGAGACAGCUUUGUUUAAAAUGUCUCAUCUCACUUGCUGGCAGAAGAAUAAAAUUGAAUUUGUGUCACAACCUUGGGGCUAGAGAUCGAAUGGUAAUACCUAGUCUAGACUGACAGUGCCAAUGUCAGGCUCACAAUCCAGGCAAAACUAACGUCCCCAGAUAUAUACUGAUAUAAGGCGGGUAAUACGGAGAAAUUAGGUCCAGGCAAACAGUUUCGGUUAAAUUGCAUCAUCGUAGAAAUCAUCCCACCCACACCCAGUUACAACAUGGCAUAUACAGCACACAUACAGUCAUAGAAAAAACAUGGAAAUACAUUUUGUAGCAUCAACAAACCGGCCACACAUCUGUGGCAACGAAUGUAAAGACAUACAGGGCUUGUCUCGGAAUGCUUCAAUAGGUAUCCUUCAUGACAACCCCUACUUUUCAAGAACACCGAGAUCAAAUGGCGUAAAUUGGCCGUAAGAGUGUAACUAUGGCACGUUUCUUAACCGCUGAAGCUAUGAAGUUGAAAUUGUACGCGUGACUCAUUUUGUUGAUAACCUCUGAGACUGAAUUUCGGUUUGAUCUGAUUCUUGACAUGGCCACCAGGGGGCCAAAACUGUAAAGGUAAAAAGUGCAAUAUCCUGCUUACUGGUGACUUGUUUUCGAUGAUAUUUUUAUAGUAGGUACUCUUAUGCUGUGGUCACACUUGCGUUUUAAUGCGAAUUGACUGCGCAUUAAAACUUUAAUACGCAUUGGGGGGUUACACUCAAAAUCGGUUUGUACCGUUUUCAAAGUUUUUCCAGCUGUGUAUAAAUCACGCGAAGCUUAACUGUUGUACAAAUACACACAAAAACGUUACUCGGCGGAAAACAUGUGCAGGGCGAUGUGGUAAUGCACCUAUACACCUAUAUCGGACAGAAACUGCUGGUCCAAUCGAAUCCGAUAAAUGCGAGGUUUGCUGUACCUUGUCAUUUUGAAAAUGCAUUGGAUACCUUGUUCUGACUAUCAUUAGCCUGUUCAAGAAUAAACGCUUCCAAGUAGAUAAUAGCAUUAAGGAAAGGCAGGUGAUUGUGAUUGCCAUGGAGUUUUGCACUUUCUCAUCAUCAUCUUGGAUCUUUUCGGCAUGAUGAUGAGUAAAAUAGAUGAAGUCUGAAAAUUUCACAAACAGUGACUCUCCAGGAAACUGAUUUGUUAUUUUUGUAUUUCAUUUUAGAGGAGCAUCAUUCGCUCAACUUGACGACUAUUGAUCAUGACAUUCCAUCCAAUGACCAUUGAGGGAAUCAGAGUUGUGGCUCUCUAAGACUACUCGGCUUUCGAAAUGUAUAAAUAUUGCAGGUGUUUUAGCUAACUCAAGCAAUGUUACAGCUACAUGUACAUUCAGUACAGUAAACCUUAUGUCUUAUGAUCAUGUUACUUUCACAUCCAAAUGCCUUAAAUAGGAUUGCAUUUUGUCACGUUCCACUCUUAGUUUGUCUUUCAUCAGGUCCAUUAUACUGGUACAUGUACCAUAAUUAGGUUUGAACAAAAUUUCAGCUGAGGGCCAACACAGAUUCCCAUUACAUCAUCUUGACCCAGAUGUAUCACAGUCGCAUGACCAUGUCAAAUUUUUAAGGUUGUGUGUAUAAAUCAAUUCUAGUUUUAUCGAUCGCUUUGAUUCUGGUAUUUUCAAGUACCUGUGCUUACCUUAUGAUUCCUGGUGUAGCAAGUGUGGCCUGGCAGUGUCGUAAGGAUGUAGUAGAUUCUUCCUUACCGCUGUGCCUUUCCGAGUUUUAAAACAUAGGCAAAAAUGUCUCUCAUUUUACCUCAAAACUUUAAAAGCAUAAUACUACAACUCCUUUUUAUAGAUAGUUCACUGCCCAUGCUCGUAUUUGCAUUAAAUCGAAUUAAAAAGUAAUAUCUUGUCAUGCUGCAAAAGUUCUAGGUAAUAUGAUACCAGUACCUAAUAUUCAGCAUCUAUGUGUUUGUAUAUAUAUUAUUCCCAUUAUUUUGGGAUGGGGGCACAAAUUAUUAUUGAGAACCAUAGGCUCAGCAAAGGUUUGUGGAGGAGAGGUUAUUUUCGCAGUCAGUUUUACCCCUGAAAGGCUGACACCGUUCAUUAUAAAUUUGAAAUUUUUUAUUGACUUUAAAUAUUGCAUGAACAAGUAAAAUGUCAGCAUUGCCAUUGUGUAGACAGAUAUUCAGAUAUAAUACAUACCAAGUUUCAGCAAAUUUGUACAUUGAUAACUGCACUACAUGUAUGGUAAUGUGUGUAACUGCAUUUCUAUUUUCCUGGACCACCAGUAAUUAUCAACAGUGUAUCCCUUUUGAGUGGUAAUGCAGGCCUGUUUUUGACAGAAUAUUCCCAAGUGGUCAUGCUGUAUGAAUUGUACUCUAAAAAAUUGUAAUGCACAAUGAAUGAAGAGUUUUGCAGGCAAACUGCCAUAGAUAGAGGACUAUGAUUCACUGAAAAGUUGUAAGGGGUCAUCAAGAGUUACCAUUUGAUUACAAAAAGAAUUUUCAAUUUGCUCUUGAUACGCUAAUUGGCAAUUUGAAUGCAAAAACAUUGUGUUCCCUUGAUUUAUGUAAGUUUACAUAUCAUGAUUGUACACAAUUCUAAAAUACCUGGAUUUGGAACAAACCAUACUUUACAGUGUAAAUGCACUAAGCGUAAACGAAGGUUCGUUUUGAAUUCAGCAGUUAUGGUUAAGCAACCAUAACUGCUUGGGUUGGUGCAAAAUGUGGAAGCUGUCAAAAGCAUUUAACUCUUUCCCUUCCAAACUCGUUCUAGAACAUUUGAAACUUUCCAUCCGUUUCCUGUCAAACCCAUUCUGGAACAAAAUGGUUAGUUCUCAGUCGUAACACCAGAUGUCAUCUCGGUACUGUACUGGGAAAUGGUUUGAUGUGAUAUGCUUCCAUGCAGACGAUCGUCUGCUCAUUCUACGCAUGCAAUUCGUGACGUCAUCAAAUGAAAAUGGCAGGAAAAAUUGCAUGUUUUCUGCUGAUAGAAGCAAAACCUCUGCAAUGGUGAUUGUUUCAAUGACCACCAUGGAAAAAAGCAGUACAAAUGAUAUGUAGGUGAAAGUGUAAGCUGUGACAUAGAAAAUAAAACAGGUUUCAAGGA